UUGAAGACUAAACUGACCCGCGCCUUCCAAACUUUCCUAAACCCGCGAGCUCCAGCUGCAAAAUACCGCAUGCGCGAAUCCCCUUAGGCAAUUAAAUAUUGAACCCUCAGCUUUCCUGGAAUGGUCGAACACCCAUAUCCAGCCAAUAUCCAAAUCGACCUCCCCGACCAUGGUUCACCAACCAUCAAAGCUAUCCCAACAGACUCCAACCCAUGACAAGAAAGCUCGCAUAAACCACGAGCUGCAGUACACCCAUUGGUUGUUGACAGUUCUCGGUAUUUGGCCGCUCAUCUCCAACAAUAUGACGAGACUAGCCAAGGUAUCAUCACUCGUUCUAAUUGCCAUCAACAUAUUCGCAGUUGCCUUCGUCCUAAUUCCCCUUGUAAUGUUCAUGGCGACAAGAGUAAAGACUCUGCGUGGAAGAUUCACCUUCACCGGUCCUGUUAGCUUUCGCAUAUCGAAUUUUCUGAAGCUCGUCAUGAUGGCCCAUCGUGCCGACAGCAUUAAGGAGUGCAUCGAUCAAAUAAAGAAUGACUGGGUAGAAGUCGUCAUAAAAAAUGAACAGGAGGCGAUGCUCAAGAGCGUUGAAUUGGGCAGAAAAUUGACAAUGAUCUGUGCUGCUUUCAUGUUCAGCAGUGGAACGUUCUUUCAUGUUGGAAUGCCACUCCUGAGGCCAAGGAAGGUCAACGCCUUCAAUGUUACCAUCAGACCUCAUCUUUAUCCUGGCUACGAUGUCUUCGUGGAUUCUCAAGCCACUCCAGCUUACGAAAUCAUCUUUGCUGCUCAUUGCUUCUGUGCAGCUAGUGGCUACACUAUCGUCACAGCAGCUUGCAAUCUCGCUGCUGUUUUCGUCUCGCACAUCUCCGGACAAGUGGAGGUCAUCAGACUAAAACUGGAGAGGCUUCAUGGCUCUGGAGAUAAUAAGGGGAUUGAUUUCAACGAGCAAAUAGCCAGUAUUGUACGAAGUCACGUCAAAAUACUAAGAUUCUCUGAACACGUGAAGACUACUCUCCGUGAAAUAUGUCUGGUUGAAAUCUUAUUCUCAACUGUCGUAAUUUGUUGGCUCGAGUUUUACUGCAUGACGGAAUGGCACAAUAGCGAAGCAAUAUCUAUUGUCACGUAUUUCUUGUUACUCGUAUCGUUAACAUUUAAUAUUUUCAUCUACUGUUAUAUUGGACAGAUAUUAAAAGAUCAGUGUGAGUCUGUGGGUCUGAUGACGUACCUGAUUGAUUGGCAUCGAAUUCCAAGCAAAAACAUUCUAUCCCUGGCGUUCACCAUCUCCAUGGCACGCUGUCCGAAGACAAUAACAGCAGGAGGAUUGAUGCACCUGACUAUUCAAAGUUUUGGCGAUGUGAGUAAUGAAAACAUCGUUGGCUUAUCUGAACAUGAUACGAGCAGUCACAGCAUAAAGUGCAUGACAGUGAAGGGGAUGAAAGAAAUGCUCCUGCACUUAUAUUUUCAUUCACAAUUUCCUUCUGCAGUCAACCCUUCACUCAUCAAAGAAAAAAAUUAUCAAAAUCAGAGGUUUAUGACUGUGAUGCGCUGCCAUACGCAGGCGCUGAGACAUCAUGAAAUAGGCAUCAAGAGAUGUUCGAAUGUGAUCAAAAAUGGUUACAAUUGGAGGAAAAAGUCGUCAGUCUUCGUAGAAUCCUCAGUUCUAUCAGAUGGUCAUCGGUCGCUAGUUAUCCUACUUUCCCUUCAUGUUGAACGAAGUUCUUUCCAAAUUAGAAAAUUCAGUUGGGAAUCAACUAGCGAAUUUUCAAUGAAUAUCUCGAAAUCGAAGGUAGACAGCAAAACUUUAAGGAAAACAAAUCGGUAUUAUCACUCUGAUAUUCAGCGUACGUUUCGAAUGACCAAAUGGCUGUUGACACCUCUCGGUGUGUGGUUGCUGAUAUCAAAGAAUCCAACGCGAAUCCACAUCUACACAUCAAUCACCCUGAUAGGCACCUGGAUGUUGGUCAUUCUGUGGGUCAUCCUGCCUAGCACCAGGUAUUUAGCUUUCGUGGAGAAGGAUCGCAACGUUCGAGUGACCAAAAUCGGUCCAGUCAGCUACGUAUAUAAGACUGUCAUUCUGUAUAGCGUAAUAAUACUGACAGCCAAUCGCAUUAAAAAGUGCAUUGAGCAUGUCAAGUCAGACUGGCGUCAACUUGCACGUGAGGAUGAUCGUCAGAUUAUGAUAAAAAAUCUAGACUUCAGUCGAAAAAUCACUAUUAUUUGUGGAAUAUUCAUGUACUCUGGGGGCUUGUCCUAUCACUCUAUCAUGCAAGUCUGGUCGGGCAACAAAAUCAACGAUCUGAACAAGACCAUCAGACCCCUCGUCUACCCUGGAAACGAUGAUUUCCUAGAUUCUCAGGCAACACCGGCUUACGAACUCAUAUUCACGGGACAAUUUAUUAUGGCUUUUAUCUGCUGCACUAUCACAACCUCCUCUUGUAAUAUUACUGCUACCCUGGUCGGCCAUACCCUUGGACAGAUCCAGAUCCUCCGGAUGAGGAUCAAAAAGAUAAUCGAUGAAGACGAUACAUGUCAUUGCGAUUCUCAACAGCGGAUUGGCGCUGUCAUUCGGGCACAUGUUAGUGUGUUAAGACUGACAGCGGAGAUUGAAAAGGUUCUACGGAACAUGUGCUUAGUCGAGGUCUUCGGAUCGACCUUUGUCAUGUGUGCGGUGGAAUAUUACAUCAUAAAGGAAUGGAGUAACAGCGAUAGCAUCGUAUUUCUGACAUACGUGGCGCUAUUCUUCUCCCUAUCAUUCAAUAUAUUUCUGUUCUGUCAGAUCGGAGAGAUAAUGACGGAAAAGUGUGAUUCAAUUGGACAGCUGGUGUAUGGGAUACCCUGGUACAAUUUGCCCAGUAAACUUAGCCUUCCCUUAACGCGAAUCAUCGCGAUAUCUCACUGUCCACGAAAAUUAUCUGCCGGCGGACUCCUGACGCUUUCUAUGAUGAGUUUUGCAGCGGUAAACAAACACAUCGCCAUUGACAUAAGAUUGUCUUUAACAUUAUGAGCAUUGCAGAUCAUGAAAACAUCUCUGUGUUACCUAAAUCUUCUGUACACUAUGGACUCAUAAGAGGAAUUCAUCCAGACCAACAUUCGGAGAUAUUAUAUUAUCU